CGAGAACCCAACCCACACUCCAUUUUUUUAUAAAGUUUUACUUUUUUUUCUCGCUCUUUUCUUUUACUUUUUUGCUGUAGUUUUUUUUUCCUCAACGCUUUGCAAGAGAAAAGUCAGCGACAGCAGAUACAAAAAUAAACAAGAAAACCACAGCCAUUUUGAUCGUUCAUUCGCACAAGUGCAUCGGGCUUCAAUAAAGGAAAUAAUACCGCUGUAGAAUUUAAAGCCGCCGCGCAUUCAUAUUUUUCUUUUUACCAACUUGAGCUUACGUCGUCCCUACUCCCCCCCCCCCGCCUUCCUCCUUUUCUUUUUCAAGCCUCCGCUUCCACUUUGCACAUUUCCGCUUUCUCUUUUUUUCUUUUUCUUUGUAUUUUUUCUUAAUUUUUAAACUUAUUUUUUAUUUUAUUGUUUUAACUAUGGAGGAUACGAGGCAGCUUAAAUUCACCGUGGUGGUGCGACAGACCAAUGGACAGACGCUUUCACAGGAAGUUGAAAAUAAUACCUUGGUCGGACAGCUCAAACUGUUGCUAUCUGAGCGCACAGAGAUUCCAGUGGACAGAAUGAGAUUAAUGCAUGGAAGCGACAUUUUGAAUGACGACCACAGCCUCGAAUUGUGCGGAAUCACGGAGAGCGGCACUGCACUCAGGCUGGUUCAGCUGGCGGGAGCCACUCAGAACCACCCACACAAUGUCAACGGAAUCGCCAGCGCCAACGCUCCACCAGCAAUGUCCUCGGCGGCAGCACGGGGGCUCAACCAAUCUCGCCAGUUGAUUCUGUCAAACCCCCAGCUAGUUCAGACGCUGAUGAUGGCGAAUCCGCAAAUGCGCGAGGCGAUAGAGAACAAUCCCGAGCUGCAGCACAUGAUGAGGGACCCGCAGAUAAUGCGCCAGGGCCUCGAGGCCGCGCAGAACCCGCGGCUGAUGGAGGAGAUGAAGCGCAACAACGAUCGGAUGCUCUCAAAUCUCGAAACCUCGCCCGGCGGCUAUGCGCAUAUCCGCCGCAUGUACCACAAUGUGCAGGAGCCGUUGGCGAGGGCCGCCGAGGACAGCACGCGGAUGCCACUCGAUGAGCUGAACCGGAGGCGUGCGCGGCUGCUGGGCGUGACCAAGCCCGACGCGUCAAAAGUCAACACCACGCCGCUGCCCAACCCGUGGGCCAGGAGCCGGCCGAGGGCCAAUUCGCGGCCGGCCGCAGGGGAACUGCGCGGCAACACCGGAGACCCCGGCAAUCCGUUCAUGCUGGCCGAUCAGCUGUCGCGCAAUGCCGAGCGGCUGGCCAGGCUGGAUAUUUCAACCAGCCAGGCUGCUGGCUCGUCGCGCACGGGCAGCCAGCCGUACGCACGCGAUCCGUUUGCCAUAUCUCGGAACCAGGACCACCUUGGAGAUUUGACGGCGAGGUUGAGGGCCGCGGCGCAGCAGGAGCAACUACAGCAGCAGCAGCAGGAUCAGCAGCAGAUCAGAGAUUUGAUGGCUUCGCGGAGGGUUGCGCAGACAAGCGCCAUGUCGGUUGAUAGUCCAGCGCCGUCUUUGCCUUUGCCCCUGCCCUUGUCUUCGGCGCUGACGCUGACGGAGGCCGAUAGGAGUAGGUUCAGACAUGAGCUGGAGCAGCUGGAAGAGAUGGGGUUCGAUGACGUCGAAAAGAACCUGCGCGCGCUAAUAGAGACUGACGGGGACUUGGCCUCGGCUCUCAGCAUCAUUGCCGAUGAGGACGACUAAAGAUGCCAGAUCUCGUUAGAUCUCUUGACCAUCUUUUUUUCUCACCCAACUCUACUUUCGACUGAUGAACUUGCUUUUAUAUUUCUUUUUUUAAUUUUUCUGCUUUCUGUUCUUUUUUCUUUUCAAAAACCUCAUUUCUAAACAUAUUGAAAAUUUUUAAA